AUGGCGGCCCCUCGGAGUUUCUUCAUCUCUCUCUCCGGGUUGUUUCUGCUUUUCUGUCUCUCUCGUGGAUCUACGACUUCAGGCAACAAGAGAUCCAACCAGGAGCGAUGCGGGUUCAAGGUGCAGUCUGGUGCAGAUGGAGGUCGCAGGUUGUCCGUCACCUUCAGAGCUGACAACUGUUCAUUAAACUACCCACUGGGGAAACAUGUGAUCCAUGAAGUCACCAAUGUCUCCUUCAGCCACCUGGCCUGUGAGGACCAGGCCGCCGUGGUCGUCCACUGGUCUGCAAGUCCACUAGGGAUCGAACACAUUAAAGGCUUCAGAGUUUAUCUGGAGGACAAGAACCCAGAGGGGAAACAGUGUCAACACCUCAUCCUCAAAGACCCGAGGCAGCUCAACUUCUCCUACAGGAACACGAAGCUGAGCAGUCAGCCGUUCAGCGGUUUGACCUUUGACACCGACUACAUGGUUCGUGUUGUUCCUUUCCCGACUCUGAUGAACGAGAGUUUCUUCCCUCCGUCCUUCCUCCGGACCAACUCGUGUGAAGUCCUCCUGGGAUCAGACAACCUGGUUUGCAAACCAUUCUGGAAGCCAAAGACCUUGAACGUGUCCCAGCUGGGCUCAAACCUCCACGUGGCGUUCGACCAGGCUCCGGCCUCCUUCGGCUUCCACUUCUACUACCUGUACUACAAACUGCGGCAGGACGGACCGUUCAGGCUGCAGCGCUGCAAACCAGACGUGAACCAGCCCAGAACCACAUGUAUCCUCCAGGACGUCACUCCAGGGACCUACACCGUAGAGCUGAGAGACGACUGUAACACGACCAGGAGGCAGACGCAGUACCACGUCAGCCAAGUCCACUCCCCCUGGGCGGGUCCUAUCCGCGCCAUGGCCAUCACAGUGCCUCUGGUCAUCAUGUCGGCCUUCGCCACUCUCUUCACCGUCAUGUGUCGUAAGAAGCAGCAAGAAAACAUCUACAGCCAGCUGGAUGAGGAGAGCAGCGAGUCCUCCAAUCACAGUGCAGCGUUGAACACGGAGCGCCCGUGGCCUCGUCCCAAAGUCUUCAUCUGUUACUCCAACAGAGACUGUCCCAAACACACCAGCGUCAUCCAGAGCUUCGCCUACUUCCUGCAGGACUUCUGCAACUGCGAGGUUGUGUUGGAUCUGUGGGAACAUCUGGAGACGUGCAAAGAGGGUCAGAUGUCGUGGCUAAGCAGACAGCUGGACGAAGCCAACUUCAUCAUCACCGUCUGUUCCAGAGGCCUACGCUACUAUGUGGAGAAGAAGAGUCGCAGAGGGAAGACGCCAGUCAGUCGCCGUGGUAACAGCAGCGGCAGCAGCAGCUCUCCGAUCGGUGGAUCCGGCAGUGACCUGUUCAUAGUGGCCGUGGCCAUGAUCGCUGAAAAGCUGCGGCUGGUGAAGCAGAGCGAGGGGGGUGGGGCUCAGGAGCUGAACCGCUUCAUGACGGUUUACUUUGACUAUUCAACAGAGAACGACAUCCCCACCAUGUUGAGUCUGGCUCCAAGGUUCAAGUUGAUGGACCAGCUGCCUCAGCUGUUCAGUCGGCUCCACUCCAGUCAGUCCAGUUUAGCUGACCGUGAGCAGCAGCCUCUCAACGUCUCCAGGAGGAACUACUUCAGGAGUAAGUCUGGACGCUCACUCUACGUUUCCAUCUGCAACAUGCACCAACACAUCAGCCAGAACCCCGACUGGUUCGACAAGCAGCUGCCUCCUGCAGCAGGUUCCUCCGCCUCCUCCGGCUCCUCUUCCAAACAUUCUCCUCUCCCCGCUGUCCCGGCUCCCAGCCCUCCUCCAAAGCCUCCCUGCGUCUCCUCCUCCACUCAGCCCGAGCAGAGGUUUGACUCCGGCUUGGUGCUGAAUGAGGUGGUGGUGAGGACGCCGUCGCUGGAGGGUGGGAAUGGAGUCCCAAAGAGGAACAUGCUCCUGCUGGGCCCCGGCUCCAAUCCCAGCCUCAAUCUUGGCCCCGGCCACAGCCACAGUCCCAGUCCUAGUCCUGGUCCCAGUCCUAGUCCUGGUCCCUGUCCUAGUCCUGGUCCCUGUCCCAGUCCUGGUGUCUGUCCCAGUCCAGGCCUACCACACUGUUCUCUGUCGAUGCUGGGACACACUUCAAGGUCCACUUCUGGAAUAUCUGAACUUUUACCUGAAGAACCUUCGUCCUCCUCCUCGUCCUCCUCAUCUGCUCCCUCCAUCCUCCAGGAUGGGGUGUGUCCUCCUCCCGCCCGGGCAGAAGAAGGCCGUCCCUCCCCUCCAGAGGUCCCACCUCCUCGUGAUUCGGGCAUCUAUGAUUCAUCUGUCCCUUCCUCGGAGCUUUCCAUCCCCUUAAUGGAGGGACUGUCACAUGACCAGGCUGACUCCUCCUCCCUGGCCGACAGCGAAUCAUCUUCUUCAGGGCUGGGUGAUGAAGAGCCACCUGUUGUCACGUCGCUCCGCUGCAGCACUGCCACAGUCUGUAAAGCUGAGCUGCACCAUCACCACCACCUGGAGCACAGUGACGGCCUCGCUCCUGUAGCUUCAUUGUAGGAGACGCCUCCAGCCAAUCAAAAGAGGACUAGCCCCGUGAUGUCAUCACAGGGCCAAAUAUGUUUUGGUCGUAGACCUGAAUCCUUUCUCAGCAGUGCCAUCAUCUGAUCACCGUGGAAAUAAAACUGGAAUCAUUAAAAGGCAUUAGAGUGGGUCACCUGUGGAAAUG